AUGCGCACUACACUUCGUUUGUUGGCCAAAUUGGUCGUUUUUCGUUGUAUUUCUGUCUACCUUGUUGCUUCGUGGUUCGUUCCCGACGAAGUUUACCAGUCUGCUGAAGUUGCUCACCAUCUCGUCUAUGGCACUGGUCACCUUUCGUGGGAGUGGCGCCACUCGCUACGUUCAUUCUUCCACCCUGCUUUGAUUGCUGUUAUUAUUAAAUUUCUAGAUAUUCUCUCUUUGAGUUCUCAACCCCUUAUUUAUCAUAUUCCUAGACUUGCUCAUGCCCUUCUUUUUGCUUUAGCUGACUUUUCAUUCUACAAAAUUUGCCUACGUUUAUGUAAGACUAAAGGAAUAGCUGAGAACUCUUUUGUCACAUAUUUAAGUUCGUGGUUUGUAUUUUAUUGUGCACCCCGUACCCUAUCCAAUUCUCUUGAAACUUCUCUUACUUUAAUUGCUUUAAAUUGGUUUCCUUUUGAAACUAAAAACUUUAAAGGUCCAACGUGGCCUUAUAUUGCUUUAGGAGUUCUUACUAUUAUUAUAAGGCCCACUGUAGCUUUAAUUUGGCUUGUUUUUGGUGUAUAUCAUUUGUAUCACAGCCCCACUCCUGUUCGAUUGAUUUUUCAACUUGUUCUCCCUGUGACACUACCCAUUCUGAUUGUGACAACUCUCAUCGAUUCAUGGGCUUAUGGAACACCAACGAUACCACUUUGGAAUUUUCUACAGUUCAAUGUCGUGCAAGGAGGAAGUGCUUUGUUUGGAGUUCAUCCAUGGUACUGGUAUAUCGUUUCUGGAAUACCUGCAGUGCUCACUGUUCAAAUGAUUCCCAUCAUCGUCGGACUUCUCGGCCCAAACAUAUUCCGACCGUCGCUGCUUCCAUUUUUUGCUACGAUCACCUACAUCAUUGUUCACUCUUUGCUUCCGCACAAAGAGCAACGUUUCCUCCUCCCAAUCAUUCCACUACUUUGUAUUUAUGCAGGAGGAGCAUUUCAAAAUUUGAAGAAGUGGCGAGGAAGUGCUAUGGCUGUUAUGAUCGCAAUAAACAUAGGAAUCGCACUAUUCACAUCUCGAUAUCAUCAAGUUGGACCAUUUACUGCUCCUCGAAGAAUAAUGGAAGAAUGGAGAGGUCAUCAUGGAAAACUGUCAGUUGCUGCUCUAAUGCCAUGCUACUCUAUUCCAGGUCAUGCUUUUUGGCAUGAUCAUCUCGAUAAUCUACGACUUCUUGAUUGCUCGCCGGAUUUGGAACAACUUCGAGGACCAACUGAGCUCGACGAAUCGGAUCAAUUUCAUGGAAAUGCUACCAAAUGGCUUAUUGAAACGUUUUCUCUGGAGCAUCACAAGUAUCAGAGAGUCCUUAUGUAUGAAAAAUAUUAUGAGACAUCCCGUCGCUGGUUCGAAUCGAAUGGAUGGUAUCAAUGUAUCGAAAAGAUUUGGCACUCUAUAGCGUUAACCUCUUCACGGGAAGAUAACUACAUGAUUGUGUUGUGUCGGAAUGGGUACUAG